AUGGGUUUUUGCUUGAUUUUACGUUUAUUUAUGGAUUAAAUGCUGCAUUUGGUAAAUGUCUUUGCUUGGAUUUUUUCCCCUUCAAUUUUUGAAGUGGGGAUAUGUUGGAUUUAUUUUUUGUACUGUAACUGAAAUGGUAAAGUGGGAGAGUGAAGAUGUGGGCUCUGAAUAAAAUGGUGGGUCUUUGUCUUUUAAUUUUUUCUUAACCCCUUUUUUGUGCUUUUUGAUUCGCUUAAACAUCAAUGCUGAAAAACAUAUUCCUUGCUGCUGGAUCCAAAUGGUACAAGUGUCCUUUUUAUUAUUCUACAUGUGAUGUUUGUUUGGGGCACUAUUAUAGGAUCCAAUGCUUCAAUUUUACUUUUUCCUUUUUUUUUUAUUGUUGUACUUGUGUGUUGGAAAUGUUCACUGUUUGCUGUUGUUCAUCUGGAUAAUAUUUCAUUUCGCCUUUCCCCCCUUAUAUCUAUGUAGUUUUAUGGAUUAUGUUGGUGAUUUAAUUCUUAACUUAUUUUUUCCAACCUUAUGUAAGAUUUUUCUUAAUGCUGGUAAAAUAUAUCAUGGAGUCCACUUUUAGGAAGCCUUGGAAUUGGCAUGGGGAGAAUUAUGGUGUUGAAAAGAACUCCAAUUUUGACACCUCCCAAGGUGUAUGGACUCAAGUGACCUUGAAUGAGGAAGACCUUUCCUACAUGUUUGAUGAAACAACUCCUGUUAAGGAAUGUGGGGAUCUGUCAUACCAUGUUACACAUAAUGAUAAUAUCAGCAAGGAACCAGAGGAUAGGGAGACCUCUUCACAAGUUAAAAGGCGUAGAAUGCUUCAAUUCGACACUCAUGCAAUAGAUUCUUCCCUUGUCUGUGAAGAGAUGCCAUCUGCAUUCCUAAAGUCAAGGGAAAGGGAUGAGUCAAUUGAAGAGGUUUUACCUGAUGCAUCACAGUGGGUUCCGGGAUUUUCAGAUGCAUCAGCUUCCAGUUAUGAGGGCCUUGAUCAGUCGUGUGAAGGGUGGCUUGCUGAAUAUUUUAAUGAUGCGGAGAUGCUUCUUAGCUCUGAUGAUAUGAAUCUUACUGGGGCAUCUGAUGUUCAAAUUGAUAUUUCAGAGUUGUGCAAUACCCAACCUGAGUCCAGCGCUGAUGCCGUCCAAAAGCAGGCAACUCGAACUCCUCGCAAUGUUGUUUUCAAAGGUAGGAAGUCUUUCAUACGGACGCCCCCUAAGCUAGCAUCUUCUGUGGCCUAUCCAUUUGCUUUCAUUAAACCCUGUGGUUUCCAUGGAGAUGUUACCUUGAAGGAUAUAAACCAGCGAAUCCGAACUCCACCACCCUCAAAAUCGAAACAAAGCAAUGAAGAUCUUGCUGCUGCUUUUCCAACUUCUGCUUUUUCUGGGAAGCCUGUUGUUGGCAAAACUAAAAUUCGUACUGAAGGAGGAAAAGGCAGCAUCACAAUAAUGAGAACCAAAGGCUGAGUGAGUAGAUAAGUGUUCUUCUGAACGUUCUUUUUUAUGGUCCUUUGAUCUCCCUCCUUGUUCAAUCUUGUGGUAGAGUAUCUCUGUAUUAUUCCUGGGUCUGACUAGUAUAGAAGCUGAUACUGCAUUUUUUUGUUGGACAUCUCGGAAGUCAUAAUACACAGUAAAGUGUUUAUGUUUCCAAGUAUUAUUCUAGGUGCCAAAUAGUUGUUUUUUACAUGGUGGCUUUAUUUUAGGCUCUAAAUGAAA